AUGAUCCAUAUACCUCUUGGCCCGAAUAAUGGUUCAGUUGUCGAACCAAUAACUCCAGAGCCAACCAUCGAACCAAUAACUCCAGAGCCAACCAUCGAACCGAAAAAACAAGCCUUCAAUGACGCCAUUGCGCUUUUCAUAACCCUGAUCGUCUACAUUGUGUUCGUCGCCUACAUUCAGCAAAGAAUCAAUCAACAACUCAACAUCGCUCGUGGUCACAAUCCGGAGAAUCCAGUCAUCGAAAAUCAGCCACACAUUGUUGCACCUGAACAUGUAAAUCCUCCAUUGGAAAAUCAACAAGCCCACGUCGGCCCUAUCCCACUACGCGAAGCUCCUAUCCCACUACGAGAAGCUCCUCUUAUCGCGAACGCCCCGCAGAAUCGUCAAGUUAGAAGAAAUCGUCGACAACCUGCGCGCCUACAAAUAAAUCAUGGACAAGCACGAUAUUGA